GCCAAUAUGAUACAAGCUAUUGAUAAAGGUUCAGUUCAUAGGAUAUGUUCGGGACAAGUAGUGCUUACGCUUGCUGUAGCUGUUAAAGAACUGGUAGAAAAUAGUGUUGAUGCUGGCGCAACAUCAGUCGAUAUUAAGUUGAAGGAAUAUGGUAGUGAAUGUAUUGAAGUAUCUGAUAAUGGUUCUGGGGUUGAAGAACAGAACUUUAAGGGGCUAACUUUAAAACAUCACACAUCCAAGCUGCAAGAUUUUUCUGAUUUAGUUAACGUUGAAACUUUUGGAUUUCGUGGAGAAGCUCUUAGUUCAUUAUGUGCACUCAGUGAUUUAAGUGUUUUAACUUGUCAUAAAGAUGCAGCAGUAGGAAACAAGUUGGACUUUGAUUAUCAUGGUAAUAUAAAAAAACAAGUACCAUCUCCAAGACAAACUGGAACUACUGUCAUCUUGCAGAAUUUAUUCCACACAUUACCAGUUCGUCACAGAGAAUUCCAACGUAAUUUGAAAAAAGAAUUUGCAAAGAUGGUUCAAGUAUUAAAUGGCUACUGUCUUAUUAAUAUUGGUAUUAGAAUACAUUGUACUAAUCAAGUUGGGAAAGGGUCAAGGUCUGUUGUUGUAUCAACUAAAGGAAAUUCAACAAUUAAAGAAAAUAUAGUUAAUAUUUUUGGAGCCAAACAGUUACAACAAGUAUUAGAAUUUAAACAAUAUAAUCCAUCAGAAGAUGUCUGUACAGAAUUCGGGGUGAAAACUGCAGAUGAUACUUCAGAUCUUUUUAAAUUAAAUGGGUUUAUAUCUAAAUGUGACCAUGGUUUAGGAAGAAGUAGUACAGAUAGACAGUUUAUUUUUAUUAAUAACAGACCUUGUGAUUCUACUAAGUUAAUAAAAGUAGUAAAUGAAGUAUAUCAUCAGUAUAACAGACAUCAGUAUCCAUUUUUAGUUUUAAAUAUAAAUAUGGAGAAGACAUCAGUAGAUGUGAAUGUGACUCCAGAUAAAAGACAGAUAUUUUUAGAAGGAGAGAAACUUCUACUAGCUGUUAUUAAGACAUCCCUAAUAAAACUAUUUGAACCCACCACUUGUAUGAUGACUCUAAAUCAGAAAAAAUGUUUGGAUCAGUUUGUGUCAAGAACAUCAAGUGAUUUAAACAUUGAUUCCAAACCUUCAGUCAAGGAUAUUAAACUAUUUCUAUCUCCUAAUAAAAGCUCUGAAGAGUCUGGUGAUUGUGUAAUUCUUGAAAAAAAAGACAAAUUUUCUUCGGAACAAAAUAUUUCCAUAGAAAUUUAUAAUCCAACCACUGUCAAAACACACAAUGAGUCAGAAGAAACUUUAAGAAGACUUGAGGUUUCCACCUUGGUGACUACAGACAGUUGUGACAUUGACACAUCAGAAUCUGGCAUCUCAGGAAGUUUGACUUCAGAAAGUCAGAGCAUUUUGUCUUCACAAACAUUCUUAGAUGAUAGCUUGUUACAAACAUGUGAAAUGCAGACUGUGAUUAAACAGAAAGAGACAGUGUUGAAUGUUAAUAAUCUGGAACAGUUUGUGAUUACACAGAAAGAAACAGAGUUGAAUGAUGAUAACCAGGUACAGUCUGUGAUUACACAGAAAGAGACAGUGUUGAAUGAUCAUCAGGUUCAGACUGUGCAUGUAUAUAAAAAUCAUGUCAGUGAUAUAAAUGUAUCGGACAGCAAUAAAGUUCAUCAAAAUUUCGAAACAGAAUUAGUAAGUUCUCUGAAUAUUUCCAGAUCAACAAAAAGAAGUUUGCUCACUUAUCUCAUGCCCCUUAAGUCUAUUAGUAAUGUCUCAUCUAUUUCAUUCUGUGUUACAGAGAAAGAUGUUAAUCAAGAAUUUUUUCGAAGUUUCCGGGCUACCAUAUCACCAACAGAUAAUAAUUCUGCUGAAGAGGAAUUACAAAGAGAAAUAAAGAAAGAAAUGUUUUCACAGAUGAAAAUCCUAGGACAGUUUAAUUUGGGAUUUAUAAUAACUAAACUACAAGAUGAUUUGUUUAUUGUUGACCAACAUGCUACAGAUGAAAAAUAUAAUUUUGAAAUGUUACAGAAAAAUACAGUAUUACAAAGUCAGAAAUUAAUUCAUCCACAGUGUCUAGAGUUAACAGCUAGUAAUGAAACUAUAUUAGUUGAUAAUUUAUCUAUCUUUAAUCAAAAUGGUUUUGAAUUUGUUAUAAAUGAAGAAGCUCCUCCUACUCAAAGAAUAAAACUAACGUCAACACCAGUCAGUAAAAAUUGGAAUUUCGGAAAAGAAGAUAUUGAAGAGCUAUUAUUUAUGUUAACUGAUUCACCUGGAACAAUGUGUCGGCCAUCAAGAGUUAGAAUGAUGUUUGCUUCCAGAUCUUGUCGCAAAGCAGUAAUGAUUGGUACAGCUUUAAAUAAAACUCAGAUGAAAAAGUUGGUGUGUCACAUGGGAGAGAUUGAGAUGCCAUGGAACUGUCCCCAUGGAAGACCUACAAUGAGACAUCUAUUUAAUCUACAGAUGUUACCCAAGUUAUGA